CAAAGUUUUUGGGCAAGUACCCACAUCUUUCAGACUUUUCACCAUAAUUUCUCUUUCAAUUUUUCUCUCUCCUCACGAAACCUGAAACCCCUUUACACUGCCAGCUCAAAAAUUCAAAACCCUUCAUCAUCUUUUCAAUUCAUAAGCAAAAUCUCUCGGAUCACUGAGAAAGUUGAAAUCUUCCCUGUACUUUUUGUUGGGUCACUUUUUACUUUUUGAUUUGUUAUUGGAAGAUAUUAGUUGGUGGGGUUGUUGGGGAAAUAGAUGUUGAUUAAUAAAGAUAGUAGAAGGUGAAGCUAUAGCUAGAAUUUUUAUGGAUAGCUUAUGCUGCUUCAGUUCAGUUUCUCAGAUUGUAGGAGGACGUUCUUAUAAUGGCUCUGGUAAGGGCAGAAGUAAUCAAGGUUCUGCGAAGUAUGGAUUCAGUUUGGUGAAAGGAAAGGCAAAUCAUCCGAUGGAGGACUAUCAUGUUGCUAAGUUUGUGCAGGUCCGUGGACACGAACUUGGUCUCUUUGCCAUUUAUGAUGGCCAUCUGGGUGAUAGUGUGCCUGCAUACCUACAGAAGCAUUUAUUUGCCAAUAUUCUGAAGGAGGACGAAUUUUGGACCGACCCAAAUAGGUCAAUUUCUAAGUCCUAUGAAAGAACUGAUCAAGCCAUUCUUAACCACGAUCCUGACCUCGGAAGAGGUGGGUCAACUGCUGUUACUGCUAUUCUUGUGGAUGGGCAAAAGUUAUGGGUAGCCAAUGUAGGAGAUUCGCGUGCAGUCCUUUCUAGAAAAGGUCAAGCAGUGCAGAUGUCUACUGACCAUGAGCCUAAUACAGAACGGGGCAGCAUUGAAGACAGAGGUGGCUUUGUAUCAAAUAUGCCAGGAGAUGUUGCUAGGGUUAACGGGCAACUUGCAGUUUCUCGUGCCUUUGGGGACAAGAACCUCAAGUCGCACUUGCGGUCUGACCCUGAUGUAAAAUAUGCUGAUAUUGGCCCUGACACUGAUCUUAUGAUCCUUGCUAGUGAUGGUCUGUGGAAGGUAAUGUCUAAUCAAGAAGCAGUUGACAUUGCAAGAAAGAUAAAGGAUCCGCUCAAGGGUGCUAAGCAAUUAGCAACGGAAGCUCUAAAUCGAGACAGCAAAGACGACAUCUCCUGUAUUGUAGUUCGUUUCUGAGGAUAUAAAUGACCUCGUGGGUGGACAAAUUUGUACAUUCUGGGGGCUUCUUGUUAUAAAAAGCUUGGCAUCCAAUCCUGCUAAUCAGUCGACUUCAGGUUGAAAGGUUCAAGAAAAUACUUAUUACUUGUGAGGUACUUCGUAAUUGCUAGCUUUUGCCUUGUAAAAAAAGGGGGGUAAAAAUUCUUGGUGUUAAAGGUAGUUGUGUGAUGUUUAAUACUUGGUAGUUGCAAAGAUUGCUUUGGUAUAUGUAAAUCUAUAUGUAGUUAAUUUUAUUUAUCAUAUGUAGUAGCACUCCAAUUAAGAUUCGUCUUUGAGUGAUAUAUUUGUAAUAAUCCUAAACGUGUGAUGCAUUCGUUUCUUUUGUUUAGAGAUCAUAAAACUCUUUCAUUCAGGUUUUCCA